UACUCCUCUUAUCAUUCUCUCUCCCGGAAACCCUAGCCCCCAAAUCAGAAAACCCUAAUUUCAACUAUUUCCAUGGCGAAGAAGCGAAAAACCAGAGCUUCUGAACCUUCACAACCAGCUGAAGAACCAGUAGAGAUUAAGCAAGAACCUGAGGUUGAACCCGCACAAGAAGAAGAGUACGAGAACGAUGCUGUAGAAGUAGAGGAAGAAGAAGCAGUACAUGAGGAUGAAGAAGAACAAGAUCCCGAAGAAGAAGAGGAAGAAGGCGGUGAAGAUGAUGAGGAAGAAGAAGAAACGCCUGGAUCUGGAAAUGACGCCGUAGAGGGUGAUAAUGAAAAGUCGGAGCAAGUUAAUGGAGGCGGCGCUGAGGUGAAGAUUGAGGAAGGUAAUGAAGAGGAUUUGGAAGAUGAGCCACUUGAGAAUCUGUUAGAACCCUUUACGAAGGAUCAACUUACAGCGCUUAUUAAAGAAGCUUUAGCUAAAUACCCUGAUUUCAAAGAAAAUAUUCAGAAAUUGGCUGAUAAAGAUCCGGCACACCGGAAAAUCUUUGUUCAUGGUUUAGGUUGGGAUACAACAGCUGAAACGCUAACUAGUGUUUUUGGAAGUUACGGUGAAAUUGAGGAUUGUAAAGCUGUUGCCGAUAAGGUUUCAGGGAAAUCGAAAGGUUAUGGGUUUAUAUUGUUUAAGCAUAGGAGUGGUGCUAGGAAAGCUUUGAAGGAGCCACAGAAGAAGAUUGGUACAAGGAUGACUUCUUGCCAGUUGGCUUCUGCUGGGCCGGUUCCGGCUCCUCCACCUUCUACAGCAGCCGCACCGGUUUCGGAGUAUACACAAAGGAAGAUUUUUGUUAGCAAUGUAGCUGCUGAUCUUGAACCUCAGAAGCUGUUGGAGUACUUUUCGAAGUUUGGUGAAGUUGAGGAGGGUCCACUUGGAUUGGAUAAGCAAAGUGGGAAACCUAAGGGGUUCUGUUUGUUUGUGUAUAAGACUGUUGAGGGUGCUAGGAAGGCAUUAGAGGAGCCACAUAAGACCUUUGAAGGGCAUACCCUUCAUUGUCAGAAGGCAAUUGAUGGACCGAAGCAUAGUAAGAAUUUUCAUCAGCAGCAACAGCCUCAGUCACAACAGCAUUACCCUCAGCAUCAUCAUCAUCAUAAUCAGCAGCAGCAUUAUUAUCAGCAUCCUGCAAAGAAGGGGAAAUAUUCAGGUAGCAGUGCAGGAUCAGCUGGGCAUCUGAUGGCACCAUCGGGGCCUGCACCUGUGGGAUACAAUCCUGCUGUGGCAGCUGUGACCCCAGCUCUUGGACAGGCACUGACAGCGCUGUUAGCUACACAAGGAGCUGGUUUGGGGAUCGGUAAUUUGCUUGGAGGUCUUGGUGGGCCAGUGAGUCAUCAGGGUGUGCAACCAGUGGUGAACAGUGCAACAGGAUAUGGUGCCCAGGGUGGAUAUGGAGCUCAGCCUCAUAUGCCAUACCAAAACCCACAGAUGCAGGGUGGUGCAAGACCACAAGGUGGUGGUGCACCAUACUCUGGCUAUGGAGGUCACUAGGAAAACUUAAGGUAUCUAUAAUGCUAUGGCUCUACUCCUAAGUGAGGUAAAAAGCGAUGUUCAUGGCAAUUCACUGCAGGUGUCUUCUGUUUCCUCCAAUUUUUCCAUGUUGAUACUUGUUAUGCUUGUGGUGUAGAGGGUUGGGGCUGGGGGUAAAGGAUACAUUUUACAUAUACAUUGAAUGCUGAUUUUAUCUCCACGUCGCAAUCACUUGAAUUUCUAUAGUGCUUAAUAGGUAAAGAUUUGAUUCACGGUGGCGUUACUUUUUUUUUUUUCAAAAGUGUGUUGUUUUUAGCCUUAAAAUAGUGAUUGGUGAAGGGGGAAAUGUAUCUUCUGAAUUACUCCACAAAAUUGGUUUACAAAAUAACUCUAGGGAUUUCUUUUCCUUCCUCUUUGCUUUUGGGGGUGAUGGGGGUUGGGGAGUUUGCCAUAGUUCCUGGCAAUUUUAAACCUUAAAAGUAGAAGUGUUUCUAUCCUAGUCUUAGUUGCACGGACUCUUCACUGUUGAUGCUGCACGGGUUCUUCAAAAAUACACUACUUUUGACAAAUCCGACAUGCAUCCGUUGGCUUUUUUGAAGAGUCCGAGCAACAUAGAUCGUAGUUGAUCUCUUUAACAUUAUUUGACCCAUAGAGAGGAAGGGUAAGUGUUCCUAUCCUAGUUGAUCUCUUAAACAUUAUUGACCCAUAGAGAGGAAGUGGAAGUGCUUCUAUCCUAGUUUGAUCUCUUUAACAUUAUCUUGUAACAUUCAUGAAGUGGGUGGAAUCCAAACAAGAAUGCCAUGUAGCUUUGAUGUUUUCCAUCCAGGGGCUGAUGAGCAGGUUGUUCUCUUGGCAUUUGAAGUUGAAGUCUUGUCAAGACGAAUGCUGGUCAGAUAUACGCAGAAGAAUUGUUUCUACUGAUGUUUUAUAGAAUGAUGAAUGGUGAAGGUGCAUAUUAAGACAUUUCUGUCCAUGAGAACGACGUCUAGUGCUUUGUCAUCAUUGAGUAGCCAUCUUACAUAUUCUAACCCAGCUCGACUACUCCAACUCGGUUGAGUUGAUCCUCUCUGCUUUGCUUUCAACAAUUUGAAAUGGGUAGAAGAAUGAAAUGCCAUGCCCCCACCGGGACGUAGAAGAAACUAACUAUUGACAAUUGCAGAAGCAGGCAGGGAAGACUGGGAAUAAGCUUGGCUUUUGUAUCUAUCUGUUCAUAUCUCUAACAUUGUGUUGUUCUUUUAGGUUAAUAUGAAAGGAGGGUCAUUAACUAGUAUUAACAAGGACUAAAUAUGCUUGGUACAUGAAUUUAGAAGAAUUGUUAACUCAGCCAGUCUAAAAUACAUGCACUUGAUAUUUUAUGGAACUUAUUGGAUUUGAAA